UGUCACCGUCAAGUAUUGACAACUGUCAAACGACGUCAAAACAAAAGCACGUUGUUGUUUUUUAUUGUGCGUAAAUAAAUUAAUUUAUCUUAAACAUGGCUCAAGGCAAAUUAAAAGUCAAGAGUAAGUUACCUGCUGGUGCGAAAUCAAAGAAGAAUAAGGCUAAGGCAGGCAAAGCGGUGACGAAGCGUCCAAACGCGCCUGUUAAGAGCAAAUCUGCGGCCGAAAGGAAUAAGAUGAAGACGAAUGUGUCUAAGAUGGUGAAUGCUGCAGCUGAGCAGCAGUUACGAGCCCUGGCUACCACCACGCCGCAGCUGUCGGAGGCACAGAAGCGAGUCGCCGCGGCUCCCACAGCGCCGGCACCUGCGAAAUAACCUAUAAAAAUAAACUGGAACUCGUGUUUAAGUCUACCAGUGCAGGUAAAUAUGUGAUUUAAAAGCUACAGAUACAUUAUGUAGCAUGUUAUUUCAAUGUUCAAUGUUCAAACGCGGUAUUUGUUACAAAUUCAGUUAUUUAUUGUGAAGAAUUUCAUAAUUUGUAGUGGUUUCUAAGCGUAGAUAAGUCUAUUAUGAUAAACAAUGACCAACUAUGUCUUUCACUUAAAAAUAUUGUACCUAUUCACUAAAUGUAUAUUAGAGAUUGGGAAUUAAAAUGCAAGUAAAGCAAUUCUUUCAGGUGAAGGGACCUGUGGAUUUGUAUUAAAACUAUUUUGUCUAAAAUGUAUAAUAUAAAAAAAAAAACAAUUAAAUAAAUGUGUCUGUGACUAUUUUGUACUGUAUUAUCUGUACCUUAAUCUAACUGCACUCUGUUUCAAAGGUUUAAUUAUAUUUAAUAUUGUAAGAUAAACUUGUGAAAUAUUAGACAUUUGAGUAAAGUUAUUCUUAAAAUAAAAUUGUUUUCUGUA